CUGUCUACCGUGUACAUUAGAGACAGGGAACUACAAGUUACAUGGAAUAAUGGAAAGGCAAGGCACAGUCUUUCGGAUCAUCUCAGACCGGAGCUGAAAAGCAGUCAAGUAAAAUAGACCACCUCCCUCAUUGAACUCCAUUUAUUCGUCGUCAUGGGGAAAACCACUAAGCCCGCAAGGCCCAAAGGCAAAGCCCAGCCAGCAAGUAGCAGCCGAGCUGCAGAUCUUGCAGGUGCUGGAAACGGCGCAGUCGAUCUUCAGAAUCUCGGAGGCUUCGCUCGAUUCGUAACACCUGCUCAUGGUUCGUUUGCUCCAACCUCGCCAAUGGCAAAAAGCGGUAGUUCAGAAGGCGAAAUAGCGACUAGCCAUGACCUAAGCCCAGAGCUAGUCGUGGUUAUCAAGAAACUGUCGAAACGUGAUUCGAUCACAAAAGUACGAGCAUUGGAAGAAUUUGAAUCAUAUCUGAAGAACAACGAAUCUUCAGUCAUUAGCAUUUUAGACGUUUGGGAUCGCCUAUUCGGGAAACUAGCUAUAGACGUUGACAGACGUGUGCGAUUGGCCACUCAAUCUGUUCAUCAGUUUAUUGUAUCUGUUGCAAAAAGAAAAAUUGCUCCCCAUCUUAAGAGCAUGAUUGGCCCAUGGCUGAUUUGCUUUUUCGAUCCAAGCAAAGACGUAGCUCGAAUCGCCACCACUUCAUUCUCAUCUGCAUUUCCUUUGGAUAAGAAGAAGGAAGUUCUUGUUUUCUGUCAGAAAUCAAUUAUUGAGUAUACUUCGGAGAUGAUAUUGGAGAAAACCCCAGAUACUCUCAGUGAUCCUCGUGACGUGACAAAGGAGGAGAUGGAUGCGAAGUUUGCGAGAGUCAUCAUCGAAUCCUUCCAUGUCCUGGCGUACCUUAUAAGUGAGUACCUUGGUCUGGAUGACUAGUUAGAG